CUUUUGUAGAUUGAGAAUCCAAAACGUCAAGAGAACGAAGAGUUUUACACAAAACAAAAUAGCCAUGCAAAAGCAAAAGCUUGCCGUUUCAAAGCCAUUAUGGGGCCUCAUAAAUACUCCUAUCUCUUUGCCGCUCCGUAUUUCUCGCUUUCUCCCAAUUUUAUAAACCCUGUCUUUUCCAGUUUUAGACCAAAACCCUCUUCAAAAAAAAAAAAAAGAACCCAUUAUUUUUCUCUUUCUUUAUACAUGCAUGUAUGUGCCAUUCUAGUAUUUUAGAGUUUAAAACGCAGGAGAGACCACAGCCCGACAGAUUGAAGAGGAAUUGGUGUUUUGGGAUCUUAAUUGUUUAAUUUUUUGGGGUUUUGUGAAAGAAAAAAUGGGUCGAGGAAAGAUCGAAAUCGAGAAGAUCGAGGAUGUAAACAACAGGGAAAUCACUUUUAGAAAGAGACGCACAGGCCUGUUGAAGAAGGCACAUAAACUGGCUGUUCUUUGCGAGGCAGAGGUUGCGGUUAUAAUCUUUUCCAACGCGGGGAAGCUUUUCGAGUUUUCCAGUUCUGACAUGAAGAGAACACUUUCGAGAUACAACAAGUGCCAGGGCCCAUUCGAGGUGCCCGUACCAGCAUUCAAGCCAGAGGAACCCAAGGAAGUGGACUUACUCAAGCUGGAAAUACCGAAACUUACAACGAAGCAAAUGAAAUUCUUGGGUAAAGACCUCACAGGGAUGAGUGUACAAGAACUGGGUGCUCUCGAACAACAACUCAAUGAAGGGUUGUUAUGCAUAAAGGAGAGAAAGGAGCAACUAUUGCAGCAACAACUAGCACAUUCGAAAAUGCUGGAAAGACAAGCCACUCUGGAGAACAAAGCUUUACGUGAACAGGUAGAAAAAUUGAAAGGUUUCUUUCCAUCGAUCGAGCAUUUGGCACCACUCGUCUUAAAGAACUCUCCCGUGGAAAAGAAUAAUUAUGGGAGUAUAGGAGGUGGGCUUGAUGAUGAUGUCUCCAAUACCACUUUGACCUUGGGGCCAACAUAUGAUGUUUGUCGAAAAAGGAAAGCAUUUAAUGGUGAAGCAAGUACAAGCAACAUUGAGAUUUAAGUUGGCCAGCUAGGAUCCUUCUCCUGUUGUAUACCAUCAUUCUGGGCGAUAGGAUUAAGCUGACAGAAAUAAUCCAGUUUAGUGUGUUGAAAGCAACUAAAAGCUAUAUUUUAUUUUUAUUUUUCUUUUGACAACUCCCUUUUUUUUAAUUCUAUUUUUAGACAAUGUCCUUUAUAGAUCUCAUCUUCAAGAUCUAGGAAUGACUAGUUACAUAGGUACUACUGGUGUUGAUAUUUUUCUUUCUCCAAUAAAAUUAUUCGGCAGCCUGGUACUUGGAUGGUUUUCAUAAUUGUGUUUCUUUCAUGGCAUGUCUGGUCUAUACUCUUUUAACUUCAACACAUGUGAUAUACGGUCUUAUAGGCAAUUGUCUUCUCUGCUUCCUGGGCAUCUAUUUGUUACGGGUUCUGAAGCUAGACAGUUUGAUCGGAUUUUUAAAAAAUUUCCUGCUGAAAGGAGCAAUGAUAGACAAAAUUUCAGGCCUUUACUCUGUGAGAAAUGCUACUAUUGAAGUUUGACCCACAUUCGAUUGGGUUUUGGUUGAUUAGUUGAAGUCGGCCUCGAAGAGGUGAAGAUAUGGACCAAGGAAUGAUUUCGAUUUCGCUCGCUGCAACCCAAGCUCUCGCUCGAGAACUCAAACUUUAUGUUAUUUUCGAUCUCGCUCGCUGCAAAUCAAACUUUAUGUUAUUUUCAUCUUUAGGACUUUUAUUAGGGUUUUGACACGAUCCCUAGUAAACUCUUCUUUACGAUUAGAACA